AUGGUGUGCCCUGCUAUUACCACCACUCUCAACGAAGCCUCUAGCGUUCCGCUUCACCAGGACCAAUUCCUGUCACCCGAAAUAUGGUCCAUAGCCGAUGGUGAACCUGGCCCAGAUGGACUACCUGGUAUUCCUGGGAUGGCCCGCAUGGCAGAAAUGUUCCCGAUAUUGAAGGUAUGCGUAAAAUGUCCACAAGGACCGCCAGGACCAGCUGGACCAGACGGACCUCAGGGACCCGCGGGACCUGUGGGACCUCCAGGCAGAGACGGAUUCUCUGGUGGAGUUGGUAUCGCUGGGCCACCAGGACCACCUGGAGAUGCUGGAGAGGACGGAUCGCCAGGGGCGCCCGGCGCAGAUGGUCAACCGGGUGUCCCUGGCACCAUGCAUAUGCCGGGACUACCAGGACCUCCUGGACCACCUGGACCACCAGGACCGCCUGGUGUAGCAGGUCCGCCUGGAACAAAUUCAGGACCUGGAUCCAUUGGACCUCCAGGAGCCCCCGGACUUCCUGGAAAUCGUGGUGCCAACGGUCCCCCUGGAGUUGCAGGUGGUCGAGGGUCGUAUGGUCCUCCUGGAGGAGAUGCUGCUUACUGUCCUUGUCCUCCUCGUACAGGUGCCGGUGGCGGCAAUGCAGGAUACGCACCACGAUUGCUGCCACCAGGUGCUGGUGGCGGCAAUGGAGAAGCUCCUACAGGUGCUGGUGGCGGCAAUGCAGGAGCUGCUACAGGUGCUGGUGGCGGUAAUGCAGGAGCUCAUACAGGUGCUGGUGGCGGCAAUGCAGGAUAUGCUACAGCUCCCAGUGGCGGCAAUGGAGAAGCUCCUACAGGUGCCGGUGGCGGUAAUGCAGGAGCUCAUACAGGUGCUGGUGGCGGUAAUGCAGGAGCUCAUACAGGUGCUGGUGGCGGCAAUGCAGGACAUGCUACAGCUCCCAGUGGCGGUAAUGGAGAAGCUCAUACAGGUGCUGGUGGCGGCAAUGCAGGAGCUGCUACAGGUGGUGGCGGCAGUGCAGGAGCUCCCACAGGUGCCAGUGGCGGCAACGGAGGAUAUAUCGCUGAAAAUUCAUCAGAGAACGCUGUUAAGAAGGACACCAACUGA